AUGGAGGGGCUGCGGCGGGGCCUGUCGCGCUGGAAGCGCUACCACAUCAAGGUGCACCUGGCGGACGAGGCGCUGCUGCCGCUCACGGUGCGGCCGCGGGACACGCUCAGAGACCUGCGCGCCCAGCUCGUGGGCCAGGGCGUGAGCUCCUGGAAGCGGACCUUCUACUACAACGCGCGUCGGCUGGACGACCACCAGACGGUGCGCGAUGCGCACCUGCAGGGCGGCUCGGUGCUGCUGCUCGUCAGCGACCCCAGGUAA